AUGGAGCCCGUUCCAGAGACAAAGAGGAUGGAAGCCUUCAGGUCUUCACCUUUGCCUAUGCUUCGACUGCACAGUCUGUCAGAGAUUGCCGAGUUCGACCUGCCCCAAAAGCCGCCCACCGUCCGUCGAUGCACCGAACCGGCAUCACCAAGCUCGCCUUCCUGGACCGUUCCAGCGAACCUCCCAUACCGACCAAGGACCACCUCGCCACUCAGCGGCAUCUCGCAUCACACCCGUUCAAGAUCAGCCGCUAGUACACUCGCCCCUCCCAUGAUCCGCACUCAGUCAUUACCUGGUGCCAACGGCGCCGGCCACAUACUCUUUUCUCCUCAGCGAAGCUCGAGCCCGUCGCGCUCGCCCAUUAGGCCGCAGCAGGUGAGGCUUCCAAGGAAGCCAGCCGACGAGGCCUUCCCAACAUCACCGACACGCGUCUCGGUCUUUGACCCAGAACGUAGGGUUACCGAGCGGAACAGCUCUCCAAAUCUUAGCUUUGCAGGAUCUUCGGUUCCGUUGGCUCGCGUCCGGCGGCCGGCUUCACCGCUACGCCACGUCAACAUUCUGGGCGGCGCUAGCACUUCGGGAGCUUCCUCUCCUACCACUCCCUCGUCCUCUUACAGGUCUUAUGACUCCAUCUCCAGCUACACAUCAGCCACGUCUAUGACUUCCUCGAUUCCCUCAACCCCCACUUCCACGAGAUCCCGCAGUCCUAGCAUUUCCAGUCUGGAGACGAUUCCAGAUUCACCCGAUGCCGAGGAGGCAGCUUUGGAGGCGGAGAGGAUUGCGCAGCUGAAGGCUGCUGCCGAUGCUGCUGACCGAGCCGAAGGCUCUGAAAUCAAGGGCCGUUCAAGCCUAGACGUGCCGUCUAGAGGCAGGACCUUGGGGGGUUUCGGUGCAAGAGACAAGCGCAAGCGGUGGAGUGUCUGCGGCGCUGAACGACGAGGGGACAUUGACUUGGAGACUGUUUGGGAGGAGUGA